AUUUGUUUUGAUAUUCUCGGCGUCUCUUUCUUCUUUCUCUCUUUAUCAUUUUACUUUCCUGCUGUGGCCCCCUUCACCAGUAUCUGUCACUAUCGUUGUUCUUGCUCAGUUUUGUCUUUUCCAGUGAUACCCCGAUGACAGCAGAAUGACUGCUGCUGCGUCUUUACUUGCCGCCGGCGAAGAUGCGCCCGCAUACCGCCCGCGCAGCUACCAGGUGGAGAUGUUUGAGGCAAGUUUGAAGGAGAAUAUCAUUGUCACGAUGGGAACUGGCAGUGGGAAAACUCACAUCGCUUUGCUGCGAAUCAUAAAGGAGCUGGAGAGUAAUCCGCACAAGUUAAUCUGGUUCUUAACACCCACUGUCGCCCUAUGUCUGCAACAAUUCAAAUUCAUCUCCGACAAUAUCCCUGCCGUCCGGGCCCGGACCCUCACCAGUCUGGACAAGGUCGAGCUCUGGACCGAGCAGCCUAUUUGGGAUGCGAUCCUGAAGGAGAUGCAGGUGGUGGUGUCCACGCAUGCGGUUCUUGCCGAUGCGAUGAGCCAUGGGUUCGUCAAGAUCACCCAGCUGGGUCUGUUGAUUUUCGAUGAAGCCCAUCAUUGCAAUCGACGCCACCCUGCAAAUAAGAUCAUGCAGGACUUUUAUCACCCUGCGCUGGAAAGGCAUGGCGCGGAAGCUGUGCCCAAGAUUCUCGGACUUACGGCUAGUCCGGUGGUGCGAUCGAAUAAACAGGAGCUACUGAAGAUUGAGUCAAAUCUUGAUGCCGUGUGCAAAACACCACGAACUCAUCGGUCAGAGCUUAUGACGCAUACCCAUCGGCCAUAUUUGCAGCAGAUCUUGUUUACCCCGGUGCUGCUCGAUGACCUGCAGGCUGGAAGCAGGACUUUGAAAGCUCUUGUGAACGCCUGGACAUCUAUGAGGCUCGAGGAUGAUCCAUACAUCAAGAAGUUGAGAAAGAGCCCUCUUGACGGAAGGGCGUUGCAAAAGGUCCUAGAGUCCGGGAAGACUUACUGUAACGAUCAGCUGAAAAGAUUUGCGACUAGAAGCUUACACAUUUUCGAAGAGCUUGGUGAAUGGGCUGCCGACUACUUCAUAUAUGCUUCUGUCGAGCAGCUCAAAGCGAGAGUCGAUAAUUCGGUGGAUAGCAUGGGCUGGACCGACGAGGAGAAGGCAUAUCUAUUAGAUAUCGUCUCGAAGCUACCUACACCGAAUAUCGAUCUCAAUCCUUCCGACCCGGAUAGAAUACCUAUUUCACCCAAGUUCCGAUCCCUGCUGGAGUUCUUGGAUACAAAGGGAGAGCCCAACUUCUCUGGUCUAAUAUUUGCUAAGCAGAGGGUUACAGUGAGUGUAAUGGAAAAACUACUGUCUAUUCAUCCUGUGACGAAGCAUCGUUUUCGAUGCGCCUCCUUCGUCGGCUGGUCCGGCGGAGGUAGCAAAGACGUUCUGGGUGAGCUCCUUGACGCCCGUAUGCAGCGCGAUACACUGAGCGAGUUCCGGAACGGUCAGAAGAACUUGAUUAUUGCGACGGACGUGCUGGAGGAGGGCAUUGAUAUCAGCGCUUGCAGCGUGGUAGUCUGCUAUGAUAAGCCACCGAACUUAAAGUCGUUCGUACAGAGACGAGGUCGUGCGCGGCACAGGCAAUCCACUUAUGCAAUCAUGUUCUCUACAGAUGAUGAAUCUUCUGCACUGAGCAAGUGGGAGGACUUGGAACAGGCCAUGAUUGAAGCGUACGAGGAUGACGAAAGGCGACUGCGCGAGGCUUGGGCCCUGGAGGCUAUCAACGAAGAAGUGGUGGAAAGGUUUGAGGUGCCAUCUACUGGUGCUGUCUUGACGGCAGACACCGCCGUUGCACACCUCAACCAUUUCUGCGCAGUCCUGCCGCGUCAGCCGUAUGCGAGUAAUGAGCCUGAAUUUUCAUUCGAGAAGGAUGAUGCAGAUCUACUAAGAGGAACUGUCACAUUGCCGUCCUGCGUCCAUCCCGGAGUCCGCCGUACUCAGGGCCAGCGAUGGUGGCAGACCGAGCGAGCAGCCCGGAAAGAAGCAGCCUUUCAAGCCUAUAAACGUCUCUACGAGUUUGGUCUUCUGAGCGAUCAUCUACUUCCGUUCAAGAGGAAUUUAGAGCUCAAAGAGACCGAUCAUACUAACUUGCCGGCCCUUGUGGAAGUAUCGGAACAGUACGAUCCAUGGGUCGACUGGGCUUGUUCCUGGUCAUCCCCUGAUGUCCACCAAACGCAAAUUGCUAUCAAGCACAACGGGAACUCUCACAUGUAUAUCAGGUUGACCAGCCCAACGAGUCUACCGCCGGUUGAACCGAUGACCUUAUUCUGGGACAGCGACACAACCUAUACGUUAGCGUUUGACAAACCGAAGCGAAUGAAAGAGAUCGCCGCCGACAGCAUUGAAAAUAUGAGACUGGCAACAGCACUAUACCUCCAAGCUGCAAGCUCUAGACAACCGAGACCCGAACAAGACUUUGUGACUCUGUUUGGGCCCGACCUUCCCGACCUUGAGUUGGCAGAAUGGCUCAAGAAGCACGUCGGAGACGAGCCUGCUCUAGAUGUCUACUCUCGCAAGGACUUUCCUACGAUUAUGGGCAUUGUGCGGGACCGCUUACGCUACAAUGAGCCUAUGGUAUUCAAACGGUGGGUUGUGUCUGGCCAAGAUGACACACCCAUAGUCGAGCUCGAAUGCGACGCGUUCCCAAAGCGACGAAAUCUUUUGCACCGGCAAACAUUAGCUGCUAAGCAGCCUGAUACUGAAACCCCUGAUAUCUCCUCAAAGAUCCGUCUUAUUCUUGCGGACAAUUGCACCAUAGACAGACUUCCCUACGCCGAAACCAUCUUCGGCCGCUUCAUAUCAGUUAUACUGGAUAGACUAGAAGCCACAUUGGUUGCGACUAGACUAUGCGAGACCAUUCUCCGCGAUCUUGAAUUCUCCAGCAUUCGUCAUGUCAUCACGGCCAUCACCGCGCCCAGCGCGCAAUCACUCACCAACUACCAGCGAUACGAGUUCUUCGGCGACUCAGUCCUGAAAUUCACCGUCUCAUGCCAGCUCUUCUUCCAGCACCCCAACUGGCACGAAGGCUACCUCUCCGAAGGACGAGACGAGAUCGUCCAAAACUCCCGUCUCGCAAGAGCGGCCCUCGACACCGGCCUCGACGCCUUCAUCAUGAACAAGACGUUCACUCCCCGGAAAUGGAGCGCCCCCCUCAUAUCCGAAAAGAUCAGCCUCACCCCAAAACAACGAACAAUAUCCACCAAAGUCCUCGCCGACGUAGUCGAAGCCCUAAUCGGAGCCUCCUACAUCGACGGCGGCUUCGCCGCCGCCCACGCCUGCAUCCAUCGCUUCCUCCCCGAAGUGAACCUCGAGCACAUCGACCGCACCAUCACCACCGCCCCCUCAACCCCAGAAGGCACCACCAACCACACCCUAAACGACGACCACCUAAUGAAGCACAUCGGCUACACCUUCACUCACAAAUUCCUCCUCGUCGAAUCCCUCACCCACCCAUCCUGCCAAUUCGACACCACCACCCAAUCCUACCAACGGCUCGAAUUCCUCGGCGACGCCGUCCUCGACAUGGCCAUCAUGUCGACUCUCCUCUCCCACCCGCACGAAAUCCCGCAGGGCCAAAUGACCAAGAUAAAACACGCCGUCGUGAACGCCAACCUCCUCGCCUUCUUCUGCAUGGGAUUCGCCCUCACUGAAAAACGCUCCACCGUACAAAUCACCCCCUCGGGAACCGCCUCCCUCAACCCCUCCUCUACAGACCACAAACUCGAACUCUGGCGCUUCAUGCGCUACCAGGGCGCCCAUCUCCAAACAGCCCGAGACGCAGCCAUAGCCCGCCACACCGCGCUCCGCAAGGAUAUCAUCCACGGCCUUCAACACUCCCCGUCAUACCCCUGGAAAUACCUCUCCCAGCUCAACGCGGAUAAAUUCUUCUCCGAUAUCAUCGAGAGUAUCCUGGGCGCUAUAUUCAUCGAUUCGCAUGGAAAUCUGGCCGAGUGUGAGAAGUUCCUGGAACGCUUGGGGCUGUUGUGGUAUUUGAGGAGGAUUUUGAAGGAUGAGGUCGAUGUCAUGCAUCCGAGGAAUAUUGCGCAGCAGAUGGCUAAGGGGGAGAUUAAGUUCGAGGUUGUGAGGGUGGUGAAUGGGGGUGGUACUGCUGGUACUGCUGGUGGGGAGGAUGAUGGGGCGACGUAUCGGUGUACGGUGACGAUGGCGGGCGUGGAGGGAGUAGCUGUUCUUGUGGAGGGGUGUAUGACUAGUGAGGAGGCGGAGAUUACGGCGGCGGAGAGGGCUGUGGAGAUUCUUGUGGGGAGGGGAUGUAGUUUGUGA